GUGUGAGGUUUGCAGCCCGCCGGCCUCAUCCUGUGCCUGUUUCCUCCGAAGGAAGCAGACAGGGCUGACUCCUGACUGCCAAUUCACGUUCAGAGAACCGUGGCGCAAGUUUUCCUCGGAAGGAAGCUCCACCGAGUUCAACAAUGAGGUUUACUCCUAAGAAAAGGGUGCGCAGGGUCGCUGCGUGGUUUACGCGGAAAUUAGUGGGAUUUCCCAAGAAAAUGUGCGGGGUGGGUGAGUUCCAGUUUAACAGCCGGGAUCCGUGUAUUAUCGGAAGCAAAGCAUGCUUCCCGAAGCAACAACGCAGGCUUUACUCGGUAGCCAGCUCCGCUGCACCUAGAAAGCGUGUGUUGCACCACAGCCUAAAAUAGUUGUUUUAAAUUUUUACAUGUUGUGUUUUAAUAGUUGUGACCCGCCCCUGGACCUUAGGACUAAAGGCGGGUAGUACUAACAGGAAGUAUAAGCGAGGAGCUGUGCAGAGCUAAGGAGAAACUCUACACCUGUAUUUUAAAUACAGUUUUCAUUCUCAGAGAAACAGCAAAGACCUGUCUCUGACCCAGCCUUUCUGAUGAGAAUGUUUUCAGUUAGCCAAACAAAUCCUGCUGUCUUUCUUCGCUGAAACUUAACCUCCAUAAGAAUGCAGUGACUUACAAAAGCAGAAAAAAUGUCGCAAAAGGAAAAAGAAGAAUUUUUAAGUAAUUUGAAUGGAACUACCUUGUUGGAGAUCUCCAUUGGCUUACCCCUAGCAUCAUUAUGCCUCCUUUCCAGAGGGCUUCUGUUGAUCUUGUAUUUUCUCUGCUAUGGAAGACCACUACAGUCAAUGGUUGGCCAUUUUCUUCUAGACUUCACAAUCUUAGUUGUCCCGCCAGUGUUGUCUUGUACAAUUUUGGCUCCUGUCCUACCUUGGGUAAUGCUCUCCAUCACCCUAUUCUGUGUCAGCUUGGUUUUGAUCAUAUACAGUCAGAGAACCAAUUAUGUGAGAGUGCCGCCUAAGCAAAUCAUAAGCGAUUUCUUGAGGACAAGCUUGGAACCAGAGUACAUUCCUUCAAUAACGGUGUUCCGAGUCUUUGUCAAUGUCUUGACAUCCAUCAGCAUUCUGGCUGUAGAUUUUCCACAGUACCCUCGGCGGUAUGCCAAAACAGAGACCUAUGGAACAGGGGUAAUGGAUUUUGGAGUGGGAUCAUUUGUUUUUGGGAACGCUGUGGUUUGUCCAGAAGUCCGGCUGAAGCCUGGCACAGCACAGCACAAAGUCUCUUAUCUUGCCAGGCAGUUCUUUGCUGUGUGGCCUUUGCUACUUCUUGGCUUUGGGCGGGUGAUGAGCAUCAAGGCCAUUGACUAUUACGAACAUGUCUCGGAAUACGGUGUGCACUGGAACUUUUUCUUCACUUUAGCCGUUGUACGGAUGGCUGCGUCAUUGCUUUUGGCUGUCUUCCCCGUGCGCAGAGCAUGGUUAAUUGCAGCAACACUUGCCAUAGUCUAUGAAGGCUUCCUCAGCUUCACACCUUUGAAGAUGUUCAUCUUGCAUGGGAGCGAUGGCCAAGAUUCACGGGACGGGUUUUUCAAUGCCAACAGAGAGGGCAUAUUUUCUGUCAUCGGCUACCUAGCUGUUUACAUGGCUAGCGUGCAAGUAGGCUUAUAUUUGUUAAAGAGGAGGAGCUUGGUGGGAGAGUGGCUUGGCGUGAUCGGCUCUUUCCUGAUUGCAGCUUUCUUCCUCUUUAUCUGUCUUCAUGUAACGCAAACUCGCAUAGACACCGUAUCCCGACGGAUGGCAAACCUCUCCUUUUGCGUGUGGGUCAUUGCUCACGGCCUGUUACUCUUUAGUUGCUUUUUGGUGGCUGAUCUUGUGCUGGUGUUUGGAAAGUUUCUGGUGGCUGGGGCUAGCAUUCCUUGCAGCUGGAAUUUCAUGCAGCCGGCAGCAGCAAGUAAAAAACAUGACCUGGAGCCCCAGGAUCGGAAAACAUUGCCUCGGAGUGUGUGCAUGAUCAGCGCUGUGAAUAAGAAUCAGCUCCUGUAUUUCUUACUAGCGAAUGUCUUGACUGGCUUUGUGAAUAUGGUGGUCGACACGAUUCACAGCAAUGCAUUCUGGGCUAUGUUUGUCCUGCAUCUAUAUAUGUUUACAAACUGUUUGGUUAUGUAUCUGUUGCAAGCAAGAAAUAUAAUCUUAAAGUGGUGGUAAUUAUAUAUAUGUGUGUGUGUAUAUAUAUAUAAGUUGUAACCAAAAAGAAAAGGUUUUGCCUGCUGGGAUUGCACUGGUUUUAUAAGACUUUGCAUGCAUGCAGGUAUACUGGAAUGUGUAUAAAGGAAGGAAUGUGGACUAUAGUUGUUUUAAACUCAUGGCCACUUUCAUCACAUUUCCAUAUGUCUGUAGCAUUGGGACCAAAGCUCAAGCUGGAGCCAGAGCCAAUGGCAGGCAGAGCCUCCUCAUACUUGUUUUGUCCUCCUCCUUCCUACUGUGUUCUAUAAGGGGCAACAAUGAGACUAAGGAGGGACAGGAAGCUUACAGUCAGGGACAUCCCCUGGGCUAGUUGUAAGAAGGAAGGCAGGGCUGGUGGGGGCCAUUUGAGGGGAAACUGAGGUUGGUCACCCUUGCAGACCAGACAUUAAGCUUAUUUGUCCCUUUGUCACAUUCAUGUGCAGGGUGCCCUUCUCUCCUGCCGUGGGUCUGCACACACUGAAUGUCUAACAUGCUAAGACGUGGUACUGAGGCAGAGGGCACUUUGUGCUUGAUGAAGGUUUAC